AUGGAGUUUUUGGCGUACUCCGUCGGCGGCUUGGCGUUUAUGAUCGGUUCGAUUUACUUGGGCAUCGUCCGUAGGACGUCGGUGCCGCAAGAUCAGUUCCAGGCGAUGCAGUUUGCGCAGUCCCGCGCGGGUGCGAGGCGAGACGGCACGGUGGACGUGACUUUGGAAGACGUUGGUGGGUUGGAGAACAUCAUAGAAGAUUUGGAGGAAGUCGUCGCCUUUUUAAAGGAACCCGAGCGUUUCGCCAAGGUUGGCGCUAGGCCCCCCAAGGGUUUGCUCAUGGAAGGAGGCCCGGGCGUUGGUAAGACGCUGAUCGCGAAGGCGAUCGCGGGUGAAGCCAAAGUGCCGUUCUACUCCAUGUCUGGCUCUGAGUUUGUUGAAAUCAUCGUCGGCGUCGGCGCGGCUCGAGUGAGAGAUUUAUUUAAACGCGCGCGCAUCAACGCGCCGUGCUUGAUAUUCGUCGACGAAAUCGAUGCGUUAGGCACGAAACGCGCCGCUGCUGGCACGCGUGGCACGGAAGAGCACGAACAAACGCUGAAUCAGCUUCUCACGGAGAUGGAUGGUUUCACGCCAGACACUGGCGUCGUCUUCAUCGGCGCGACAAACCGAGCCGAUUUACUCGAUCCCGCGCUGUUGCGGCCAGGUCGAUUCGAUCGUAAAGUUCGCGUCGGCCUUCCAAACGUCGAGGCACGGGCUAAGAUUUUGCAGAUUCACUUGUCCAAGCGAAACUGCAACCCAGAAAUUGACACCAAGCGAUUGGCGCAGAACCUUCCCGGUUUGUCGGGCGCCGAGAUUGCAAACAUUUGCAACGAAGCCGCGGUGCACUGCGUGCGACGCCAGGGUGAACAGAUCGAAGAGCACGACGUCUUGGAUGCCGUUGAGCGCGUCGUGAGCGGCAUUCGUCUUACAGCACACCCCAAGGAAAGCGUGACGACGCGCAAACUCGCGGCGCACGAAGUCGGCCACGCCCUGGUCCAGAACUUGCUCCAUAAGAGCAACGGUCUCAUCGAAGACAUCGAGAUGAUUUCCAUCAUUCCGCGAGGUUUCGAGCCAGCGAUUACGCUGAUCCAGAGAAAGCGUGACGAGGAUUACCGAUAUCCUACGCGCGCGCGAAUGUGCGAGCGCGUGCAAGUUUUGCUCGCGGGCCGCUCCUGCGAAAAAGUGUUGUUUGGAGAGGCGAGCACUCGCGGUUCGGAAGAUGUUUGCGAAGCGAAUGAUUUGCUUCGAAAUAUGAUCGUAAACUUUGGCUUGGGGCAGCCCGGCAUGAUGACGACGUACACAUACGACCCGAAGCAUUUGAACAAGUCGGAGAGACGAGUGGCGCGCUUGCAAGGUGCGAUGGUUCAGAUUCUUCAAGAAGCGGAGGCAAACUGUUUGGCGAUCAUCGCCGCGCACGAGGACGCAGUCAACGCGAUGGUGGAUCGCUUGAUUGAAAACGAGACGCUUUCUUUGGCCGAGUUCGAAGAAAUCCUCGCGGCUCAU